GCCACGCAGUUCGAUAUUGAUAAAAAGUUGGCGUGGCUCAAGCCUAUAAAGCACACCACAUGUUUCGCUUAGAUUCACUUGUCGCUUGAUAAAACUGUGGUAAUCACCAUUCCGCAUAGCUUUAUUUGCUUAUGUUAAUUUGACCAGUGAAGUAAAUUGGACAUCACGAGAUACGCUUACCAUUGUAGUUUUACAGGUGACAAAAAAUCAAAUCGAUAAAUCAUGUCUAUACCGAAACGUUGUUUAUAAAUUCACAUAGUCGUUACUGUUAUAAUUAAAGAUGGAGAUAAAAAUUUGGAUAUACAUUUUCUUCAAUUUAAUUUUGAUAAAAGGAAGUUGUAGUCUGUAUUUUCCAAAGAAAUCUUACAGAGUGUUGAUAAAUGGCAAUUCCAUGGCAGGAAGCACUAUAACCCAGAUUCGGGCUUUUAACCACGUUGAUAAAUCAUGUGAGACGUCCACCAUUUCAUACUCAAUAGCACCAGCCGACAAUUUGGCGCCAUCGAAGGCAAUAACUGUCGACACAGAUUCUGGUGAAAUAAGACAAACAGUUCGUAUUAACAAUUAUCAACUUAAAGAUAACACCCAGUUUCAAAUGAAAGCAGUAUGUAACGAUGCAUCUUUAAUGGUAGAACCUGCUUUAGCUACAUUAAAUCUGUCCGUAUCUUUCGAUUUGGAACAAUUACAGAAUGCCCCGGCAGAAUCGCUAGAAGACGCCGUAAACAAACUUUGCUGGCCAGAGACUGAGUAUUCGUUCAAAUUAGAGGAAAACAGCAAAGAAAGAUUACUAUAUACCUUAAAACAAAAAGACAUCAACCCAAUACAGUUACUGUUUUCUAUAAAUCCAAGCACAGAUACGGCAAUGAAUUCGUACCUGAGUAAAAACUUUCGUAUUAGUGACAAUGGAUUACAGUUGAUUCUCAAACAGGAAUUGGAUAGAGAAGAAAAAGAUAAUAUAAACUUUAAUGUGACCUGUGACCUCAAAAUAGAUGGCCAAUCAGUGGGAAGCAGCCAACAACCCUUUUUCGUCGUCGUUUCCGACGUCGACGACAAUCCGCCAUUCUUCCAAAGAACAAACCUACAAAUACAGGAAAUAAAUAUAACUAACGGGGAAUUAACCAAGAAGCUCCCGCCCUUCUUGGACCUAGAUAUCGUUGGUGUAGAUAAAGAUACCUAUAACAUCAGCUUCACUAAAGGUGCUGACCAAGUUGUUAAAGUGGAGAGGUUCUUGAGUUUUACCAGAUGUGUUGAAAGUAAAAAGUGUGACAAACCUAAAGUUUCAACAUUCUUUUUAGAACUGCAAGUCAAGAAAGGGGAAUCGUUGUCAUCAUUAUCACCAUUUUCAUCAUUUGAUGUUCAUAUAACAGAUACUAAAUAUAAGAGAAGGGAUUCAAAAUAUUCUAAUACGGCGAUACUUCGAUUCAUUUUAGAUGAAGUCGGGGAGGUGGCUCCCGCCGCAAAUACACCCCCGUUUCAGACUCAACUUUCUAGAAAUGCUGCCAAGUAUACACAGGUGCUAGUAUUAUCAUCAGCUAGCAAUAGAAUCAUGUCUGAAGCUGUGGAGUACAGUUUAUUGGGCUCAGAUCAUAUGCUGGGUAUAACUCGUACUGGUAUCAUAUAUGUCAAAAACACAACUAAGCUUGUUGGAUUUGUAGGAAGCACUGUUGAUCUUAACGUUUCGAGGUCUGGGGAAGAUGCAACAGUGGUAACGAUAAAAAUUGAUGGAGUUAAAUCCGGUUAUUCAACGUGCGAUAAUGGAUGUUCAGAAUCACAGAACAAAGAAACGUGCAAAUCAAGAUGCGGAUAUGGAGCACCUGCUUCCAAAUGUCAUUGGAGAGAAGGGGAAGACAAUUUGUCCCGAAAGUAUGCCACGUGUAGACCCAACACUAAGACCUGCCCUGACGGAGUUUGUGAUGAUCUAGAAGAACUAAAUCAACUGAUUUGUCCUCAAGAUUGUGUUAAAAAACGGCCUAUGGGUGAAGGAUUUCUCAAGACGGAUUCAAGACGUGGUAUUGGUUUAGCUAAGAGUCCGUGUUGGUGUGAUGGAGAGGAUGGCAAUGUACAGUGUUCGUGUGGAUUAGAAAGACCAUCGCAUAUAAACCCUAAUUUAACAUCAGAUUUCCAAACGGAGGUUAAACACAAACCAGCUAACAAGCCUGCAUCAUCAACAUCAAAACAAGCAACCGUUAUGAGAAACGUUGAACCCAAAGAUAAAGGUAGCAGUGAAAGUUGCGAUGCGUCAUGUCGUACAGCAGUAGCCGCAGCUGUUAGUUGUGCACUAGCUAUAUUAUUACUACUCGUAACGGUCUGGUUAAUUUUGAAAAAACGGCGGAAACAGUCUCGAAUCUUGAAACAUGUUGGAAGUAGUCUAUCAAUGACUGCUAUGCCGUCUAAUUAUGUUGCUGAUAUGGACAGGCGUCUAUCAUUUUCCUCACCACAGAGGUCGUCGUCACCCAAAUCACGUGAUAUUGAGAUUGACGUUAAUUGGGAAUUUCCACGUGAUAAUCUUAUAUUAGAGGAUAAUCUAGGAGAAGGUGAAUUUGGUCAGGUAGUUAGGGGAAGGGCAUAUGGUCUAGAUGUAGAAGAUGUGUAUACGACUGUCGCUGUCAAAAUGCUAAAACCUGAUGCUUCAGAAAGUGAAUAUCGAGAUCUUAUGUCGGAAUUGAAUUUAUUGAAGGAAGUAGAUCAUCCUAAUGUUAUUCGACUACUUGGUGCAUGUACUAAAAAAGAUCCUUUUUAUGUUAUAGUUGAAUAUUGUGAGUUUGGUUCUUUGAAAAAUUAUCUAAGAAAAUGUAAAUAUAGAGGAAGACGAAGUUGGGAAGAUAAACAAAAUCAACACGACGGCUCUUAUGAAAACGAGACUGGUGUCGUCUUAACAAUACGUGAUUUAUUGUCGUUUGCCUGGCAGACGACACGAGGGAUGGAAUAUCUUUCACAAAUGAAGUUAGUGCAUCGUGAUUUGGCAGCAAGAAAUAUAUUAAUGACUACAGGCAAGCAGCUUAAGAUAUCUGAUUUUGGUUUGAGUCGUGAUGUAUAUGAAGCUGAUACAUAUCUUAAGAUGAGCAAGGGACGACUUCCAGUAAAGUGGAUGGCCCCAGAAUCUCUAUAUGCGCAAAUUUAUACUGCCAAAUCAGACAUCUGGUCAUUUGGUGUUGUGUUGUGGGAAAUAGUUACCUUAGGUGCCAAUCCAUAUCCUGGUAUUCCACCAGAACGAUUGUUUAAUUUAUUAAAGACGGGUUAUAGAAUGGAUAGACCCGAUGACUGUCCAGAUGAACUGUAUGCCAUUAUGCAGAAAUGCUGGAAAGCAAAACCAGAAGACAGACCUAGCUUUGCAGCGUUAUCAUAUAUUUUAGACAGAAUGUUACAGUUCAGAGUGGGAUAUCUAGAAUUACAAGGGGAUUGUGAAUAUCUACAAGAUAAAACUACUGUUCUAUAGAAAUGAAGAAUCCAUGGCAUCUAUAUGAAGACGAUUAUGGUAGCAUUACUGUUGUAAAACCAGACCUAAACAACAUUGAUACUGCUUGCGAGGAACUACUUAGUGAUGAUGACAUGAUCGACAGU